AUUAUCGUUGACUUUAUUAAUGGAGGAAAAUAAAUCAUGUGCAUCAGUGCCAGAAAAACUUAAGCAUGAAUGAAAGUGUCAAAGCAUUUUAACUCUGUAAGCAUUUAUAAAAUAUUCAAGCAGAUCAGAUGCCAUUGCCAGCAUUUAUAAAGCUGUUAAACUCAUAUCUAUCUUUUCUUGAGAGUAAGAGAUAAACAGAAGGAGAAAUUACAUAUCUGAAGAACUUUUUGGAAGUUGCAAGCUUAAUUACCAAAUCAUGGCUUCAAAGGUUGUUAUAAUUUUGAUUUUGAUCCUGGAUAUCAUCGCUUUUGGGCUUGCUGUCAAUGCUGAAAAGAGACGGAGUACUGCCCAAAUAAUUUCAGACCGAGACUUGAACUAUCAAUACUGUCGGUAUAAUACAGACACUGUUGCAACAGGAUAUGGGCUAGGAGCAUUUUUCUGUCUUUUGGCUAGCCAAGUAGUUCUUAUGGCAGCUAGCCGUUGUUUAUGCUGUGGAAAGGGUCUAAGGCCGGGAGGAUCAAGGGCUUGUGCCACCACUCUUUUCAUCUUCUGCUGGCUGACUUUCAUCGUUGCUGAGGUCUGCUUAUUGGCGGCUUCUGUAAGGAAUGGAUACCAUACAAAAUACAGGGUGUUCAUCGGAGAGAACCCACCAUCAUGUGAGGCUCUAAGGAAAGGAGUCUUUGCAGCUGGAGCUGCUUUCACCUUCUUUACUGCCAUUUUCUCAGAAUUUUGCUACAUCUCCUACUCAAAGGCGAGGGGCUGACCCUCAUCGCUAGCAUAAACAGUGUGUCAUGAUGCCAAGGGAAAAAAACACAACACAACAAAAUGAUUCUUCGGGGUUAUUAACUUGUUACUCAUCUGAUCUCAUAACUUUAUUGACCUUACUAAAAAUCUUGGUUGUAGGAAAUAUGUGCAGGAUUUAUCUUGUAUCUACUUUUUUGUGCUUAGCUUUUUUUUUUUUUUUUUUUUUUUUUGGGGUAAGCUAGAUUCAAUAGCGGCCUAUUUAUGUUAUCGUGUUUAGUGUUAUAAGUUCUUUUGGUACUUAAUAUGUUUAUUGGUAACAAUUUUCUUUGCUGUGA